AUGAAAGCAACCAUCGCCGGCAUUCUCUACUUGGCCGGUGCCGUCUCGGCCCAGCAAUCGUUGUACGGACAAUGCGGCGGCAUAGGAUGGACUGGCCCGACUUCAUGUGUCUCUGGAGCCUGCUGCAAGUAUCAGAACGACUGGUAUUCGCAAUGUCUCUCUGGCGAUUGCGUUGCCAGCAGUACCAAGGCAUCGUCGACGUCGACGUCUCGUUCGACCCUGACUACAUCUGUCCGAACAUCAACGAGCACGUCCAAGGCUAGUAGCACAUCCUCCAAGGCCAGCAGCACGUCGUCCAAGACAAGCAGCACCUCCGGACCCGUAUCCACUGGCUUCGCCAAGCCAGACGGCACGCUGUUCAACAUUGAUGGAGUGACCAAGUACUAUGCUGGCACCAACAGCUACUGGAUCGGCUUCCUGACAAACGACGCCGAUGUUGACCUGGUGAUGGACCAGCUGGCGCAGUCAGGACUGAAGAUACUGCGUGUCUGGGGUUUCAAUGACGUUAAUUCUGUCCCCUCCUCCGGAACCGUGUACUACCAGCUCCUGUCCGCCUCCGGCAGCACCAUCAACACGGGUGCCGACGGUCUCCAGCGGCUGGACAAGGUGGUCUCGUCAGCCGAGCGCGCGGGCAUCAAGCUGAUCAUCAACUUCGUCAACAACUGGGACGACUACGGCGGUAUCAACGCAUACGUCAACGCCUUCGGCGGCAACCACACGACGUGGUACACCAACACGGCAGCGCAGACGCAGUACAAGAAAUACAUCCAGGCCGUGGUCAGCCGCUACAAGAGCAGCAGCGCCGUGUUCGCGUGGGAGCUGGCCAACGAGCCGCGCUGCCAGGGCUGUAGCACCGACGUCAUCUACACGUGGGCGACGUCCGUCUCUGCAUACAUCAAGAGCCUCGACGCCAACCACAUGGUGACGCUGGGCGAUGAGGGCUUCGGCAUGCCGGGCGACGGCAGUUAUCCGUAUGGUUACUCGGAGGGCGUCGACUGGGUGAAGAAUCUGGGCAUCUCGACGCUUGACUUUGGCACGUUCCACUUGUAUCCCUCCAGCUGGGGCACGACCAACGACUGGGGAAAUGCCUGGAUACAAAACCAUGGCGCCGAGUGCGUCAAGCAGAACAAGCCGUGUCUCUUCGAAGAAUAUGGUGUUACCUCCGAUCACUGUACAGUCGAGUCUCCAUGGCAGGACACUGCAUUGGCCACGCCCGGCAUCGCAGCGGACCUCUUCUGGCAGCUGGGGACCACGCUCAGCUCGGGGCAGACAUCUAACGAUGGAAACACGAUCUAUUACAACAGCAGUGACUGGACUUGCCUGGUAACAAACCACGUUGCAGACAUCAAUGCGAAGUACUAG